AUGGCGGCGUAUAGGAAAUGCAUUGUCAGUGAGCAGUUUCUGAAAGAAGCUGCUGAACAAACGGCAAGUUUAAAUACCAGAUUAUCAAUUGAAAGAAAAAUGAGACAGCCAUUUCUUGACUCUCAGACGGGUGUGGCUCAGAAUCACACAAUGCUCUGGCAGCAAUAUAUCAACAGAUGUCAAGGUCUGAGUCAUGGCCAACUGUACUCAUAUCCUUCAAAAAGAUGGAAGAAACGGAAACGAGCAUUUUUUCCUACAGAAGUUCGAAUAGCACGAGCUGGAGACAUAGAAACUGGUGAAGCAGAUAUGCAUCAAAUCAGUGCCAUAGAAAACCCUGCUGUGCGACGUGGAGAGGCUGAUGAUGACAGAGAAGAUCUGAAAAGUGAAAAUAGCAAAGAUAAAUGGUAUGAAGAAGUUGAAAAUAUCAGUGAACCACCAGAUGUUGGUGAAACAGUUGAUUACCAUUCUGAUAUCAGUGACUAUGAAGAAAUCAUCCGAAAGAAGAAGAAAAAGGAAGGCGAAAAUGCAACUCGAAUACAAAAGAAAAGCUUUGUGCAGUUUAUGAAGAAGGGUGGUGGUCGAGGCAGAAGAAAAGCAGAUAAAGAAUCUACACCAAUUGAUGACAAAGACAAACCGUACUGCUGUGAAGCAUGUGGUGCCCGCUACAAGACAAGACCUGGACUUGCAUAUCAUUACACCCACUUUCACAAUGGGAUGCUGGAUGUUGAUGAAAGCUGCACGCCAUCUCCUCCAGCACAUAAACCACCAGCAAAAACUAUGGAUGGCAAAGUGGCUCCCAAUAAUUACUGUGAUUUCUGUCUUGGGGAUUCACUGGAAAACAAAAAAACACGUCAGCCAGAAGGGCUUGUAUCAUGCAGUGAUUGUGGACGAUCAGGGCAUCCAUCCUGCCUGCAGUUUACCCCCAACAUGAUAAUAUCCUCCUGCGGCCUCUGUGGGACAUCCGAUAACGAUGACCAGCUACUGUUCUGUGAUGACUGUGACCGUGGCUAUCAUAUGUACUGCCUGACCCCGCAGUUGUCGGAACCACCUGAAGGUAGUUGGAGUUGCCACUUGUGCAUAGAAGAAUUCCAUGGAGGCAAGAAGCCAGAAGGGAUGCAGUGA